AUUAGGAAUAGCUAGCGUUCACAGAACUUCCUUUGAAUAGCACAGAGCCGCCAUGAAUGAGGACGUAGUUACGGAAAUUCUACUGCGUCUUCCUCCCAAAUCUGUUUACAGAUUCAGGCUCGUGUCCAAAGCAUGGAAUCAUACGAUCACUUUCAACCCCUUUUUCAUUGAGAGAUACGACAGCAAUUUGCUGCGGCGUGAAGGUGGUCGGCGCUUGCUGGCGUUGUUCCAGAAUACAAUUGCGCGGCUUUAUUAUCCUUACCAACCGGAAAGCUUCGAGGAUUUCCUGAACAUACUGUCUUUUAAUGGAAAUAGCGGAAUCAGGAAUCAGUCUCCAGAACUAGGCUCAUUCAUCAAUUCCUCCAACGGUUUGAUCCUCUGCAGCGGCGCUCGUAACCGCCACGAGUAUCAUGUCGUCAACCCCGUUACGAGGAAGUUUGUAACGCUGCCACCACCGCCACCGCUUCCGGCCCAAGAUGAAUACGUGGCGCUGAUGUGUGUAGAGAAUAAAGUUGAAUUGGCCGCCAAGUUUAGCGUCAUUCGAAUUGAGUCUAUUCCUAAUAAGUGUCAACUAACUUUUGGGAUCCGGGCUUACUCUUCCGAGACAGGCGCCUGGGCCGCCGAACCCACUGUGAUCGUCGCCCACACUGCAAUCCUCAACCUCCGAGUUUACUUGGAUCCCGGUUCCCCUUUUGUGAUGAACGGUAUUUACCACUGGCACACCGUUCAAAAGACAAAACUGGUACUUUACCGUCCCGCGGAAGAGCACAUCCAGAUCAUCCAAAUCUCGGAUGAUUGUGGCAUUACCGUCUCUGCGGCGACUAUUAGAAGGACCCCCAUUGACGCUGGUGAUGUGUUAUGGUUCGCCCGCAUGGAAAGGAAAACCAUCAAGGUUUUCAUGCUCCCGAAGGACAUUCAACCGCGGCCGUCUUUCGUUGCGUGUCAAGAAUGGGUAUUGAAGUAUGAUAUUAGAGUGGAUUCUCUAUGGAAUGACAGCCUCUUAAUUCCAUUGAAGUGGGAACAACCUUGGAGGAAGAUUAUCUUGGACGCCUUUGUUCCCAUAAAUGAUAACAAUAGUAAGAAGAAGAAGAAGAAGAAAAAUACGGCUCCUUUUGACAUUAUUAUGAGGGUAGAAAAUGCGGAAGCGUUUCUUUUCCACCUUGACACAGAAUCUAUUAAUUACCUUGAAUAUGAAGGUUCUCCGGUUUAUGAGGGUCAUUACGUGCAAAAUUAUCCUCUUCAUCCUUACUUAGAACCACCUUUUCUCUCCACAUAUGCUCUUUAGGUUGAAAUAAUUACUGAUUACUUAUUAUUCAGUUAAUAAUCUGAUCUUUGAUAUUGAUUGAUAGUGUAAUUUAACUUCUGCUGCCUCUGUAUCUCGAAUAAGAUGAAGGGGAUCGGAUUUAUUAUUAUAUUUCUUUCAUGAACACGGUACGAAGUAUUCAUCUAA